GCACGUGAUGCUGCCAAAAGAACUUUCAAAACAAGUGCCGAAAUCCCAUCUGAUGUCUGAAGAGGAGUGGCGGAGCCUUGGUGUCCAGCAGAGUUGUGGCUGGGUUCACUACAUGAUCCAUGAGCCAGAACCUCAUAUUCUCCUCUUCAGAAGACCUCUUCGAAAGGACAAGAGUAAAUGA